GGCGCCACAUAUCAGGAAGGAAGAUACGAUUUUAUCGGGCAAGGGCAGAGAGACCAGGGCAGACACCGACAGAACGCCGCGUCAUCCUUUUUCGGCUCAUUGACCGAGAAGGUACGCGUGCAAGCAAAAUUCUCCGUCGAAAACCGUAUGCGACGAAUAUCUGGCUAGACCGAGUUAAAGGAACGAUCAAUCGGUCCAGGUCGAUCCAGUUCCGGAUCGAGCAUCGAAUGCACGCCACGAGAUUUACUUGUGGGCGAUGCUUAAGCUGUCGUCGACCUUUUGAAAUCAGUAAAAGGAAACGCGCGACAACGAUCGUUUUCAGACAAAAUGUACUAGAAACUCGACGACUCUAAAUUUCAAGUGAACAAUUGCAACAUGAAGCCUAUUGCGUAUACUUCCCUGACGAAAAGGAUCGUAUCCCAACAAUUCUCUCUCAUGCGUCACUAUGGUUCGCAACAACCCAGUUCCACCAGCACAGAUCCAUGCGGCACGUUCGAUUUGGUGGUCGUUGGGGGUGGCAUUGUUGGUUGCGCCACUGCUCGAGAAAUGAUGAUUAGACACCCGAAUCUAAAGAUGGCGAUCGUCGAGAAGGAAAGUGCUUUGGCGAAACAUCAAACAGGACAUAAUAGCGGCGUUGUACAUGCCGGAAUUUAUUAUGUACCCGGCAGCAUGAAAGCUAAACUAUGCGUGGAAGGAUUGAAACUGUCCUACGAGUAUUUCUGCAAGCACAAUAUACCGCACAACAAGGUUGGAAAAUUGAUUGUCGCACAGAACAAAGAUCAGGUUAAAAGGAUAGACGAUCUGUUCGAUCGCGGGACGAAGAACAACGUGCCGGAUCUAGAAGUGGUCGAGAAAGAUUGCAUAUCGAAAUACGAGCCAAAAUGUCGAGGAGAGAAAGCACUGUGGUCGCCCUGGACGGGUAUAGUCGAUUGGGCGGUUGUCUGUAAAAGUUUCGCCGACGAGUUUCAAAAGAUGGGCGGUCAGAUAUUCCUAAAUUACGAAGUGACCGGAUUCGCGGAAAUGUCAGAGUCGCAUGGAAAUCAAGAAUUGGUUCCCAUCUCGGUGCAAUCUAAGAACAAAUGUAUUCCAGCAAAAUACGUGCUGACUUGCGCCGGCUUGCACUCCGAUCGUUUGGCCGUUAUGACCGGAUGCGAUCUAAGCCCAAGAAUCGUUCCAUUUCGCGGCGAGUAUCUAUUGCUAAGCGAGAAGAAGAAACACCUGUGCACGACCAAUAUAUACCCCGUACCGGAUCCCCGAUUCCCUUUCUUAGGCGUCCAUUUUACACCCAGGGUGAACGGCGACAUAUGGCUUGGUCCAAACGCGGUUCUGGCGUUCGCAAGAGAGGGUUAUCGAUGGCGGGAUAUAAACAUAAAGGAUUGCAUAGAGAUGGCCAAAUUUCCGGGAUUAUAUAAACUGUGUUUCAAGUAUUUCAUUCCCGGGUGCAAAGAGAUGAUUAAAUCCAUAUUUUAUCCACUCGCGGUGAGAGAUUUAAAGAAAUUCAUUCCUGAAGUAACUUACACAGAUGUGAGAAGGGGACCGGCAGGUGUUCGGGCACAAGCGUUAGACAAUAAUGGAAAAUUGGUGGAUGAUUUUGUUUUUGACAGUGGUAAAGGUAGUAUCGGUAGCAGAGUGAUGCACUGUCGAAAUGCACCUUCUCCAGCCGCGACAAGUUCCAUGGCAAUCGCAAAACACAUUGCCGACAAACUAGAAGCCGAGUUCAAGCUUUAAGUAUAACAAAAUGACGAUCAAUGAAAAAUAGCCGUGAGAUAUUAAAUUUUCUACUCGUAUAUAGUUUUGAUACGAAGAUAGAUUGGUUUAUUACUUGUUAAUAAUAUUAAUUGUAUGUCUGAAUACACAUACAUCCCUGUGUCUUCUA